AUGGCGAUUGCUAUGCAUCAGAUACAAGGAACAUUUGGACUACUGGCACCACAUGGAUUAAAUGGAAGACUUGAAAUACAUAGGGAAUUCAACAUAGGUGGAGGAGGAUCAGGAGCAGGUUUAGGAAAAUAUGGAUUCGAAUAUAGCAUAGGUAGUAGAUUAGGAGGAGGAAACGGCGGAUAUGAAGCUAAUGGACAAGGCGGUUCAGCUGGAGUAAGCACGGGAUCAUCACACUCAUCUGCAUCAGCAAGAGCAGAAGCAGAAGCAAGAGCAGAAGCAGAUUAUGUAGCACGUGGAUCAGCAAGAGGAUCUGCAUCUGCAGCAGGAGGAGCAGGAUCUGAAUUAGGUGAAUUGUCUGGAGUACGUGGAGCAUCUGGAUUAGGAGUAAAUGGAGAACUUGGAGUAAGUGGAUUAUCUGGAGUACGUGGAGGAUAUGGAUUGGGAGUAGGAUCUGGAUCAGGAUCAGGAUCUGGAGGACAUGGAGUUAGUGGAUUAUCUGGAAUAGGUAGAGAAUCUGGCGUAGGUGCCGGAUCUGGGGUGGGUGCAGGAUAUGGAGUUGGCGUAGGAUCUAGAUUGAAUGGAGGAGGUGGAGUAGGCGUAUUAUCUGGAUUAGGUGGAGGAUCUGGAUCAGGAGCAGGAUAUGGAGUAGGUUCAGGAUCUGGAGAAGGUGCAGGGUAUGGAGUUGGAGUAGGAUCUGGAUUAAAUGGAGGAAGUGGAGGAUCUGGAUUAGGAGCAGGAUAUGGAGUAGGUUCAGGAUCUGGAGUAGGUGCAGGGUAUGGAGUUGGCGUAGGAUCUGGUAUAAAUAAAGGAAGUGGAGGAUCUGGAUUAGGAGCAGGAUAUGGAGUAGGUUCAGGAUCUGGAGUUGGUGCCGGGUAUGGAGUUGGCGUAGGAUCUGGAUUAAAUGGAGGAAGUAGAGGAUCUGGAUUAGGAGCAGGAUCUGGAGUAGGUGCCGGGUAUGGGGUUGGCGUAGGAUCUGGAUCAAAUGGAGGAAGUGGAGUAGGUGGAUUAUCUGGCGUAGGUGGAGAAUCUGGAUUAGGAGCAGGAUAUGGAGUAGGUGCAGGAUCUGGAGUAGGUGCUGGGUAUGGAGUUGGCGUAGGAUCUGGAUCAAAUAGAGGAAGUGGAAUAGGUGGAUUAUCUGGCGAAGGUGAAGGAUCUGGAUCAGGAAUAGGAUCUGGAGUAGGUUCAGGAUAUGGAGUAGGUUUAGGAUCUAGAUUAGCUGGAGGAUUGGGAAUACGUUCUGAAUUUAACAUAGGUGGAGCAUCCGGAUUAGGUGGAGGAUAUAGAGUAGGUGGAGGAUCUGGAGUGGGUGCAGGUUCUGGAGUAGGUGGAGCAUUUGGAAUACAGCGAGAACUUAACAUAAAUGGAGAAGAAGGUGCAUCAGCAGAAGGUAAGGCAGCUGCACUAGCAAAUGGAAGUUCUUCCGGAGGUAGUGUAGGAGCAUCCAGAGCUGCAGCUGAUGCAAAGGCAGAGGCAGAAUCAUCAGGUGCAUCACAUGGACAACUUUCAUCAGUAUAA